AAAUCUGUUAAGAAUUUUGACAACUUCCGGGAACGAAACGGUACGAAAUAUCAGCAUGGCCACAGGCCGACCAGAAAAACAAGCUCCACCUGAAAUAUUCUACAAUGAAGAGGAAGCUAGAAAAUACUCUUCAAAUACCCGUAUGAUAGAGAUUCAGGGCCAGUUGUCGGAGAGAGCCAUAGAACUGCUGGCAUUACCGGAGGACACACCUUGCUUUGUACUCGAUGUGGGAUGUGGAUCUGGGUUGAGUGGAGAAUGUCUGACAGAGCAGGGCCAUUUCUGGGUGGGCGUGGACAUCAGCCCUCACAUGCUGGAUGUUGCUGUGGAGAGGGAAGUGGAGGGAGAUCUGUUGCAAGGUGACAUGGGAGAUGGAAUGCCCUUCAAACCUGGCACUUUUGAUGGAGUCAUAAGUAUAUCAGCAUUACAGUGGCUGUGCAAUGCUGACAAAAAGUAUCAUCAUCCACCAAAAAGAUUAUUGAAAUUCUUCUCAACACUGUACGCAUGUAUGUCUCGAGGUGGUAGGGCAGUGUUCCAGCUUUAUCCAGAAAACAGUGCACAGUUGGAGCUGAUCACCCAGCAGGCAAUGAAGGCUGGCUUUACUGGAGGCCUCGUGGUCGAUUAUCCUAACAGCACCAAAGCAAAAAAAAUGUUCCUGUGUCUGUUUGCGGGUGGCCAGGUCCAGCAGCUGCCAAAGGGUCUGGGGACAGAGCAGGGGCAAUACAGCCAAACCCAGGCACAGUUCACAGACAAAAGGGAGCGUAUGAGAAAUGCAAGAGGAAAGUCUCUGAAGAAGAGUCGGGACUGGGUACUGGAGAAAAAGGAGCGGCGGCGGCGACAAGGGAAAGAGGUUCGGCCAGACUCAAAAUAUACAGGAAGGAAGCGGAAACCCUGUUUCUGAAUUUUUCUUCUUAUGUUUUUGUUAUUGAAUGCAAUAAAAUUAUUAAGAGUU